UUUUUUUGGCUGAAAACGAGAGGAGAAAAAGGGAGGGGAGGAGACCUAACCAAGACAUUUCAGUGCUGCGUGCAUAGUGAGGACAUCAAGAGCUGAUUCAAAAGCUUAUUUGUUUAAUCUUGAGGCAAUUGUUUUCCUAAACUAUUUCCUUAUAUGAAAAAACUUUUUGGUGUGAAGUUAUCAGCAAGUGAACCCGCAUUAUUGGGGUUUUAUAUUUUUGCUUUUAGCGUCUUUAACAGGAGGCAGGCCUACAAUACCACCUUGUGUAAAGACAGGAAAAAGGAGAAUAGCCUGUAAAGCCAAAGGAAACAUAAAUACUCAAAGUACAAAACAGAACCAUAAAAUAAAUCGGUGAAGCAAAAGCACUUUAAAGAUCAACAAUCUAUAAAUUAUGUCUCGCUGGGGGCGGAAAAACGUCAAGAAGGCCCCAGAAGUAAUCAGGACAGUCACAGAGGGGCUGAAGUCACUGUAUCGUAAGAAGCUUCUUCCUAUUGAGGAGUAUUACGGUUUUCAUGACUUCCACUCCCCAAGUCUGGAGGAUGCUGACUUUGACAACAAACCCAUGGUGCUCGUGGUUGGUCAGUACUCCACAGGAAAGACUACUUUCAUCAAGUACCUUCUGGAACAAGAGGUGCCUGGAAGCCGCGUGGGUCCAGAGCCUACUACAGACUGCUUUACUGCCAUCAUGCAUAAUGACAUGGAAGGAAUAAUCCCUGGAAAUGCACUUAUAGUGGACCCCAACAAGCCCUUCCGCAAACUCAAUCCCUUUGGAAAUUCUUUUCUGAACAGAUUCCAGUGUGCACAGAUGCCCAACCAGGUUCUGGAGAGCAUCAGUAUCAUUGACACCCCUGGCAUCCUGUCGGGAGCUAAGCAGAGAGUGAGCCGAGGUGAGGCCAACACUAAAGGCUAUGACUUUCCAGCUGUCUUGCGUUGGUUUGCUGAACGAGUGGAUCGAAUUAUUCUCCUUUUUGAUGCCCAUAAGCUGGAGAUUUCUGACGAGUUUUCAGAGGCCAUAAGUGCUUUGAAGGGCAAUGAGGACAAACUGCGUGUGGUGCUUAACAAGGCUGAUAUGGUUGGGACACAGCAGCUAAUGAGGGUAUAUGGUGCUCUUAUGUGGUCCCUGGGGAAAGUGUUCGGAACCCCAGAAGUGCUGAGAGUAUAUAUUGGCUCAUUCUGGUCUGAACCUCUCAUGGUCCCAGACAACCGAAAUUUAUUUGAAUUGGAAGAGGAAGAUCUUUUUGCUGACAUUCAGAACCUGCCACGAAACGCAGCCCUCCGUAAGCUCAAUGAUCUGGUCAAGAGGGCCCGUCUAGUUAGGGUUCAUGCUCACAUAAUCAGUUAUCUGAAGCAGGAGAUGCCUGCUGUCUUCAGGAAGGACAACAAGAAAAAGAAUUUGAUUUCCCAGCUGCCAGUCAUCUUCUCUAAGAUCCAGUUGCAGCAUCACAUUUCCCCUGGGGAUUUUCCUGACUGUGCCAAGAUGCAGGAACUUCUUGGAGUUCACGACUUUACCAAGUUUAAGUCCCUGAAACCCAACAUGAUGGCUUUGUUGGAUGAGCUGCUGUCCACUGACAUUGCCAAGCUGAUGCCUCUUCUCAGGCAGGAAGAGCUGGAAGCAGAAGGUCAACUUGGAGUCCAAGGUGGGGCUUUCUUAGGAACCCGAGCAGGACCAUUUGUGGAGGGUGAUCCCUUUGGUGAGAAAGGUGAGCAUGAAGGUGAUGAUGGAGAGGUAGAAGAAGACUGGAUUGUGACUAAGGAUAAGCCCAAAUAUGAUGAGAUCUUUUACAACCUUGCACCCAAUGAGGGAAAGCUGAGUGGCACUAAAGCCAAAGACUGGAUGGUGAGUACACGGCUGCCCAACUCUGUGCUGGGUCGCAUAUGGAAGUUGUCAGAUGUGGAUCGUGAUGGCAUGCUGGAUGAUGAGGAAUUUGCCCUGGCUAGCCACUUGAUUGAGGUGAAACUUGAAGGGCAUGGUCUGCCGCCUGAAUUACCUGCUCGUCUGGUGCCUCCUUCUAAACGCAGACAAAAAGGAUCUGAUGCCUAGACAAUACAAGCAGGCAAUGGUGUCUAUGAGAUUUUCCUGUCAGAAUGCAUAUUUAACAUAAUUAUUGGCAGCCAUAAAAAUGAGCAAAAAACAAAUGUAUCAAAACAUUCUAUACAAUAAUGUUAAAAUCCCAUUCAUAAAAAUUAGAGAACCUUUCAUCCUUGAUCUGUUAAAAAAUUACAAAUUGUAUGCACCCAGAUUUUACUCCAAGAAACAUGCCAGAAAGAGCUCACUCAUAAUGCAAAAAGUAUCAUAAGGCAAUCUAAAUGAAUAACCCUGAUCAUUGUUAGUAUGGGAGCAUACGUGACCAUGAUUGUAUGGGUAUACAUGAUGCUACAUUGAGGGGAAGUGUAUAUGCCCAAACUUAAGCCUCUGCACAUAUUUACAAGUGUAUCCAACCUUUCUGUACAUUACAGGAAGUAACAGAUUUUUGUUAUUCAAGCCAUGACAGAAUUUACAUAUAUAUAUAUAUAUAUAUAUAUAUAUAUAUAUAUAUAUAUAUAUAUAUAUAUAUAUAUAUAUAUAUACACACACACACACACACACACACACACACACACACACACACAUAUACACACACACAUUCUGCACGCUUAUUUUUCUAAAGGGUGCCAAGUUCCUCCUAACUUAAUGAUAAUGGAAGAUCUUCCUAAGUAAACGCUUGAGAACAAACAUUGAGCUCUCUGGGGAGACUGGCAAAUCUUAAUCUGUGAAUGGCAAUAUACAUUGAGGAAAAAAAAACUGACUAGGGGUCUGCACAGCUAUCAAUCUUGAAUCACAGCUACUGUACAUCUUUACCCACUGUCUGUGUCUUUGUCUCUGUUGCUAGAUACUAGUACACCAUUAGCUUUAAAAUAUAAAUGAAAUCAAAGUCUAGGUUAAUUAAGCCAACAUCAAUUUUAAAAGAGAAACUGGGUAUCUGUAAUAUACUUACAGCAGUUACCCAGAGGUAUAAUGGUAAAGAAUUUCAGGACUUUAAAUUCAGUGCAGUAUUAAAAAACAUUUGCUUAAAUCAUUGCAUACUAUGAAUAUUUCUGGUAAAUGUCUUAUUAUUGUCAUGCAUUUUAAAUAAUUUUAUGUUGUCUACUGUACAACACUUUUCUGAUUGCUUUAUAAUGCAUAUUAUUAUAAAACCAAAUAAAUUGUGCUAAUUUUUGACCUUUCA